AGUGAACAGAAAUGAAGAAGGACGGUGAGAGUAGCUGCAUAUAGACGAACAUAAACACUUAAAUUGUUUUACUUUCUCUUCAUUGUUAGUGUAUUGCAAUAAUAAUGAUCUCACCUGCUAACAUCAGCAUUUAUAAAGAGACCCAGUAAACAUGAAAAAUCACAAUGAGAGUCAUUUAAAUCAGCUGAACAGUUCGUGUGUACAUUUUAGGGAUUCUGGAUGGUCUAAUGGUUCGUAAGUGUCUGCAACACCUGGAUACGCAAAGGAACCCACAUUUGUCUUACAUUUGUUUCUUUUGUAAGUAAGAGACAGUUGUCCAUGUUAAAUGUGAAGCAUGCAUAUUUGAGUCUGCUGCUCUCCUGAAGCUCACAAUGGAUCUUCUCAUCCUGUCCUUAAGUGUGAGGGAUUAAACGCUUUCGUAUGAACGAGAUGGAAGAUGAUAUGGCUGUACAUUGGGAUACGGUAGUGAAUACCACCCACUUCGAGCAGCCCGGUGUUUCCCUGCUUAGUUCAUCAGAAGGAAAUGACACUCAUGAGACGAUUUCCUCUGGGCCAACGUGGGAAAAUAAUGCGGUUGAGGGUCAUGAAUAUACUGAUGCGUACAUUGGUGAAAUGGAAGCAGAGGAGAAUGAAGAACUAACCGAAAACAAUUCCAGAACUGAAGAUCUGAAUGAUGAUCAAGAGGAAGAUGAGAAUUCUGAAAAUAACGCUCGAGAAAAUGAAUUAGAUAGAGAGGUUACAAUCGACGGAGAGUCUAAAUCUCGCCACGCUGGAACCGGGAAGAAAGCAAGGUCCAAAAAAAGUGGAUUGGGGCAGGGCUUAUGUGAUCAGACCCCAUUAUGGACUUCUUCAUCCUCUGUGUCUCACAAAUCUUACUUCUCUUCCUCUGGGCCCAGCAGACACAAGCAGGUGAGACGACGAAACCACUACGUACACAAUCACGGGCGUACGCGACAGAGAAACGGACUUCAGCUCGUAAUGACAUGUCGAGAUUUUGUGGCAGAAUCCAUUAGCCCGUGGUGCGUUUCCUGCAUCCGUAUGUUUGUUGAACUCAUCAUCUCUUUAACCCACCGCUGCGGGAUUGCUGUGGAAUCGGCAGGAAUUGCGCUGUACGAGUUUGGAGCACACUUGCUCUGGAAGUUCACCGAUAUUCCCGGCACAAUGCACGAUUUGAGGCAUAUCUGGGACCGGAGCUGGUGUUCGGGUGUAGCUUUAAUAAAGCGCAUUGGCAGGACUACAGGUCAGGUUCGACAUUCGCUCGUCUCUAAUGUAAGGUUUCUCCGUGUUGCACUGUCUUGCGCCUCUCAAAUUAUGAGUUGUGUCUUGGCGAGGCUGACAGGGGAGCGAGGCAAGAAAUGGUGGCUUUCCCUACAGAACAGCAGGGUUUGGAGAAAAUUGUCUGAUGUGAGCAUGAGAAUUCACAGGUGGUUCUUUAAUCGAGGCAUCGUGAAUGAAAACUCAAAUCCAGAGUCUUCCAGCAGAGGAACGGAAAGAUGUCAGCCUGGAGAAGAGCUACAGAGACUCCUAGCACUGGCCAAGAUCCCUGAAGAGGAGUUGGACCCGUUUAAUGUUCUGGGUGUGGACAUUCACGCCACUGAAUCUGAGCUUAAGAGAGCUUAUAGACAGCUGGCUGUACAGAUUCAUCCAGACAAAAACAAGCACCCGGGUGCUGGCGAGGCUUUCAAGGUGUUAAGAGCAGCGUGGGACAUUGUCAGUAAUCCAGAAACACGCAGAGAGUAUGAACUGAAGCGGAUGGCAACUACAGAGCUUUCAAAAUCCAUGAAUGAAUUCUUGACCAAACUGCAGGAUGACCUGAAAGAAGCCAUGAACACCAUGAUGUGCACUAAAUGUGAGGGCAAACACAAGCGCUUCGAGAUGGACCGGCAACCCAGCGAAGCUCGGUUCUGUGCUGAAUGUAAUAAGUGGCACAGUGCUGAGGAGGGCGAUCUGUGGGCUGAAUCUAGUAUGCUGGGACUGCGCAUCACAUACUUUGCUUAUAUGGAUGGAAAAGUCUUUGACAUCACUGAAUGGGCAGGUUGUCAGCGGAUAGGCAUCUCUCCUGAUACACAUCGCGUUCCCUAUCAUAUCUCAUUUGGCUCUAAAGGGAGCGCCAGCAGCAGCAGCAACACCAGCCGGCACAGACCUCCUCCAGAUCAUGGUCCUCCAGGUGGUGGUUCACCCGCAGAUCUGCAGGAUUUCUUUAAUCGCUUCUUCCAGGGCGGAGUUCCUAAUAACGUAUCUGCUAACGGAGGGUUCUUCCCUGAAGGACCUUCAUCUAAUCAUGGUCCUGGAGCUGCUGCUGGUACCGCAGGAAUGUUUUCAGGAUCUCCUCCGCAAACCGGGUUCUUCAGCUCAGGAACCCAACGGAGCGAACCCAGCGAUAACUGGACCGAAGGAGGAAAGCCUCCGCGUCGGCGCAAGAAAGUUCGCAAGCCGUUCCAGCGCUGAGCAGUGUAAUCAAACAGUGAGAGCGUUUAAGAUGGAGCGCUGCCGGUUGCCAUGAUGUUGAUUCGUGCAAAAAUUAAAUAAGGGACGAAUCUUUAGACCUCAGAAAAAUAACAUUCCAGUGUUGGCUUUGUGAAGAUACAGACUGAAGUGAAUGCGUUGGUUUUCUUAAAAGAGUUGCAAGACGAAGAUCUUGCCGUUUGAAGUCAUUUUUCCUUUUCUAUUUUGACAAAAUUGAAAUCGCGUUCUUUCUUUCCCGAAUGAAUGUUAUCUUCUGUUUGCAUUGAGUUUGAUAAAGUGAAUCGGUUGGGUGAUAUUUAGGACACGGCAGUAUGUUUUGUCAUGUUAGGAUAUAUUUGAAAUCACUCUCAGACCUCAGGGAUCAUCUCUCUUUCCGUUCAGAGAGCGAGACAGAGAUUUACAGAGCUCCUGAGGAAUCAUUCAACCACUUACUGAAGUCGAGAAAUUAAGCAAUUUCUUGUGGUUUGAUCUGUUGAAGUGGAUGGGAGCAGGUAUAUGAUAUAGUCUAUAAUAAUUGAGAAGAAUUACCUGGCGUGAAAUGAUUGUGUUAACCGUCCCUUAACUGAAAACAGAUUGAUAACCGGACAUGAAAGAAUCACCGCUCAUGCUUUGUCUGAAUCGCUUCAAUAGUUCAGUUUAUCUUUUGGUUCAUGUAUUGAGUCACUGUAAGAGGAAAACUUCAGUGUGAAUUAGAUUAUAAAUUGUAAUGUAAAACAUUUGAGUUCAGUUGAAACACAACUGGAAGUUUUAUGACAUAUUGUAUAAUGAAGAAGCUUGAUGCAUAGGUUUUAAUUGAUCAACUUGAAAAAAACACCAAACUAUCCCUUUAACAGAAAGUUCACUUUAUAACACUCAGGUACCAUCAAAACCUGAUGACUUGUGUUAUCUUUGAUGCAGAAUUGUAUUUCAUUUCACUUUAAAAGGCGUUUGCUUUCUUUUUCAAAAGAUGAAAACGUACUGGUUCAUAAUAUGUGUUCAGGUUCAUGAGGAAAAGCGUUUGUUCAGUCUUAAAUGGCAACGGCAAGAAUCAAAAUAAAUCCAAUUGUGUUUUUGCUCUCUAUUGAUGAUCUUUGCAGCCUGUGACUUUAUAAAAUCAUUACACAGGAUCAUAAAGCCUAAUAUGCUUUUCCAGGUAAAAAAAAUUCAACAUGAUAAAAAUGUGAAAUGAAUUUAAAAUAAUGAAGAAGAACACACACAAAAUCAAUAACCCACUACACAAUUACACCUAAAUCAUAAUGGUUGGUCUACGUUUCUUUUUUGUUGUAAGUCAUUAGGUUUAGUUUAUGCUGGUAUUACUACACUUAACACAAAAAAUAUUUCAAAAGAACAAACCAAGGGAUCGUUUCUAUCAAUUUAAUAAACAAACAUGUUUUUGUUGCAUGUAUUUCAGUUGUAAUGUAUGUGAUUGUAAUUGCAAGCGAUGCAAUAUAUUCUAUUGACUAAAGAAGAGAUUUAUUGAUGAAAUUCAAUAAUGUCACUGAAUUUAUAGGAGAUAUUGAAGUGCUAUGGUUUAUUAUCACCAGUAAAUCAUGUUGAAGUGAUCUAAUGUACAUAAGAGAAGUGCUGCAGAUCACUGGAGAUUUAGACAAUCAUUCAUAAUGUCUGUAAUGUACAGGACACUUUGUCAUAAACAGAUUAUAUAUAUAUAUAUCUAUAUAUAAUCAGUGCCUCUCACCCCAACCGUACUCUAUUAAAGCUGAUUUCUUCAAACUUUGUGCCAUCCUUUAAAUCUUUUGGGCUUUACAAAUGAUUGGUUACCAACAACGCAACACAAACUUGAAAAUGAAACCAAAUCAAGUUCAGAUGAUUAAUAAAUGAAUCUGCCAAUCCGUUCAUCAAUGUCUUGGUUUAGUUGCAACAUGAAUUCAUUGCUCUUCUUCUGAACAUUGAGAUAUUUCUGUAAUUCGACACAAAGGUCACGGCUUCGAAGGCCAGGUGAUGUAUAAGUGUAUGAAUAACCUGAAUGCUAAGUCACUUUGGAUGAAA